ACUCAUCCUAAUAUGGAAUGCAGCAGGAAACCCAUGAUUUCCUGACACUUAGCAAGCUGGAGAAAGAAAGGAAAAACUCCACUUUAAAAAAAUCCCGGCUUUCCUCCAUGUUAGAUGUGAAAUGGAAAAUGGGAAGGAUUUAGAAGAAAUCCCUGGUGUCUCCAGCCAAGUUGGAGAAAGGGAGGAAAGAGGGAAAGCUUCAGGCUACUAUCUUUCAAGAUCACAGUAAACUCCCAGAUCUCUAGGAAAAUGAGAGAGUCUUAAUUCAAACGGACAGGGGAAAAACAAGUUAUUUUAUUUUUCUUUCAAAGUGGACAUUCUCUUUCUUAACCAGCAUGGUAAAGUGAGAGGGCAAAGAGCAGCAACCUGGAAAAUGUCAAAUCUCAGCCAAGAGUACCCAGCUAAGUGAGGGUAAACACGGAACUUGGGCGCUCAUUCGGCUUUUCUUCAUGCGCUCCUACAAGAACUUGGAGAAAAAGGAAUAGUCCCAGUAAGAAUGAACUGCAAAGAGGACCGAGAGCACAGUGGCUGCCCCAGCGAGGACGUAAAGAAACCACUAAAGUGUGUAGUGGUGGGAGAUGGUGCAGUGGGGAAAACCUGCUUACUGAUGAGUUACGCCAAUGACGCCUUCCCAGAGGAGUACGUUCCUACUGUGUUUGACCACUAUGCAGUUACUGUGACAGUGGGAGGCAAGCAGCACUUACUUGGACUGUAUGACACAGCAGGACAGGAGGACUACAACCAACUGAGACCACUCUCCUACCCCAAUACCGAUGUAUUUCUCAUCUGUUUUUCUGUUGUAAAUCCUGCCUCUUAUCACAAUGUCCAGGAAGAAUGGGUACCAGAACUGAAAGGCUGUAUGCCUCAUGUCCCUUUUGUCCUCAUAGGAACACAGAUUGAUCUUCGGGACGACCCCAAAACAUUGGCUAGGCUGUUCUACAUGAAAGAGAAACCCCUCACUUAUGAGCAUGGAGUGAAGCUUGCCAAGGCGAUUGGAGCACAGUGCUACUUGGAAUGCUCAGCCCUGACGCAAAAAGGCCUUAAAACAGUCUUUGAUGAAGCAAUACUCGCCAUUUUUCAUCCCAAAAAGAAGAAACAGCAUUGUUCUAGGUGUUGCCACAGCUGCUGCACCAUUGCAUGAGAUUAUUUGAGAUACUGUUCCAAGAGUGCAUAGGAGUGAGGAUGCCAGUCCAUCCUGGGGACUCCCAUUGGGGGCCCCCUAGAGGAAGUACAUGACCAGAGGAGGAAUUCACUUCAAACCAAGAUCUUCCUCCAAUCUGUGAGACUUCACAUUUGUCAAACCAAAUAUUCUUUUCUUCCUCAAGUCCCAUACUCUUAAAAAAAAAAUGCACUGAGCCAAUAUUAGUUAGAACAACUGUUGCUGAUAAUGAAAACAAAAUCAAAAGCAAUCAAACCUUAGAGACAAAUUCAGUUACAGUUUGGCAGCUUUAAUAUAUGUCUUUAACAAUAUACACAAAUCCAAUACAAAGUAAUCAAUAUUUUUUUCCCUUGAACUACAGUUCUAUCCACAUUUAUCUAACACAGAUAUGCAAUGUUUCAAGAAACUUAUUCUAUCCUGAUUUAUCCUGCUAAAUUAGCCUAUGCUGUGUCUGUUCACUAACAUUUUAUAUUUCAGUGUUCACACCAAAGACUU